AGUUUACAGACAAAAGGUAAUCAAAGAAAUGGUGGGUGAACUUUGCUGCUGUAAUUAGGAAAAGUGAGAUCUGAUACAGAUAAAGCGAUUUUUUCACAUUAGAUAAUUACAGAAUUUCUGUUUUGACCUAUGGUUGACUGGUAACGAAUGCCUUAAGGCAUUAAGUCCGCCAUUUGUGAUUAUUUUUAUCGCGCAAUAAAGUUUAAAUAAAUAAAUAAGAUCGGUUAUAGGCGUUCCAAAAUUUAACCGCUUACCUUGUGACAAAUUGUGCCUGUAGUCGCACCCUGGCAAGCGAGAAAAUAGAUGUGCACAUGCUAACGAGCUCCCGCUCACAGAAAGAGAAAGAGACUAGCUCAUGUUUUAACGAUGAGUAUGACAAAGAUGAGUAGAAUGCGAAAAUUAAUCAAAAAUGACAGAUUUCUUCAUAGAUGUAUAAAUAAAUAUGGAUGUAUUUUUUGAGUAUAUGUUAUACUAUAAUAUAUAGAUAAAUAAUAUAAUUGCGGAUGACCAAAAUACUUGCCGCAUAUAAAUAAUUCUUAAGAGACGAAGAAUGUUUAGUCACUCUAUAUAGGCAUAGUUCCACGUAUUAAGCCAGUUGGAGUGGUCGAAGUAACUUCUUCGUCCUCUAACAUGUCCAGUAGCAGGUCAGACUAAGAAAAACUUUUGCAAAAAAUAACCCAAAUUGAACUGUGUCCAUGCACGUAUUUGGUACAUAACCGAUCAAGCCCAAAUAGGUUUCAGUAGUAACAAUUUUUAGAAAUCGUUUUCCUUGAGCAUAAAGCAAUUAUGAAAUCUCUUGUACACUUACUAAACUGAAAACAAGUUAUUCAUAAGCUUGUGCUAUUAAAGAAAUGUGGUACUUUCCAUUAGCGAUAGAUUUAAAGCUUUGUUGUUGUUGUUAUAGGGAAAUGAUUUUGAAAACGCCAUAAAUAUCUUUUUGCGUUUUAGUUAUUCUACCUAUUGCUAAAAAAGUUUAUAAGUUCUUCAUAAUAUUAUAACACUUUUUAACUCACUUAGAAAACUAACAAAAUAAACAUUAUUAAUAAAUAUUUCUGGUGUUGAACUGAAGUACGUUAAUUUAGUAAUAAGAAUUUCAAUGUAAUAACUGAAUUACUAUGUAAGAAAAUUUAAUGUAGGUACGGCAAUUUACUUAUUCAAGACAACCUAUUACCUACAUUAUGUAAGAACUCCAUCAUAUAUUGAUCGUGAUCUAUCCAUAGUUAAACAUUAUUUCGUCACAGUAUUAGACAAAACUUUGUCCCUAUUUCUGGCUGAUAUUUACUUUAGAUAUUGAGUUGGGGUUACUUUCGUACCAAAGCCACGGAUCCAUACGAAUCCCACGGUAAGCCUCUUAACAACAAUAACUCGAUUUAGUUCGAUAGAUUUCGUAUGAAGACGGGAUAAGAAAAUCUACGUAUGUCACCGUGCGUCUCUGCCAACGCUUAUAAAAGAUAUAUAUUAUUACUCUUACUACUUACUAUACGACAUGAACGAACGAACUUUUGAUAAUGUUGACUUAGAAAUUCUCUGAAAGGGGCUCAUUGUUUAUCUAUAAAGCAGGUUUGAACGUGAUAAGUACGUGUCGGGUCUUGAAAAGUACUUUUUUUAAACUAUUAGCAAUGAAAAUUAGGUUCUAAAUGGACUAUACCUACAUAAUUUCCAUUUUGAUACUUAACUCCUGAUUCCAUAAUCUCAAUUGUUCAGUGAAAGUACUUUACCCUCAACAAAUACUACAUGUUUAUACUUAGUGAAAUAGUCAUAUUUUGUUAAAUGAACAUACAUCUUUUCUCGUUUUUAAAACGAAAAGUAGAGGUUUAACUCAUGUGACAAGCACUCAUUUUAACUCGAACUACUAAUAAAAUAUCUCGUCGAAAAAGGAUGUCGUCGUUCAUCCCUUGCUUAACAAUCUAUUGAAUAUAUAUGUGUUUUUACUUUAGCUGAUGAUUUUAAGCGACACAUGCGAAAAAGUAUUAAUUUUGAAUACAUUUGUAAUAUUUUACAUAUUUAAACUUUCGUGUUGAUGAUCAGGGAAUUUUUAUUUAUUUUAGUGCGUUAGAAAUUCCGAAUGAUAUACUACCUUUUUAUUAUUCGGCAAAUACGAAUCUUCGUGUUCGUAUUCGUUGCAUCACUACUUUAAAUACUACCUACUAGUAGUGUCAAGAAAACUUUGAGAGCAGGGUUACCUAAGUUAAUGUCGUAAAUGUCGAAUUGGUCUCGUCUCUAAUAACUUAUGUUAAUUUACGACAUAAUUAGUAACAAAUUAUGUUAUUAGGCUUUUAAAUAUUUUGUUUUAGUCACGUUACUUCAAACAGGUUUUAUGGAACCAUGCAUAACAAAAUCUUAUAGAAUUUAUACUCGCAUUAAUCGUUAUAAAAUUAAAUAGCCUUAAAAGUGUUGUUAUAUUAGUGUAUCUCAUGUAAGUGAAUUUUGUAAAUUAUUUAUGAGAUAAUUGUAUGUAUCUACAUUGUGCAUUAGGGGAGGUAUGGGCAACAUUAUCAACGGGAGUCAAUAGGAACAUGAUGCGCGGCGCACUGCGGAGUGCAGACGGUUUUUAUGACUCGAGUAUACAAUUUUCAUACACAAUAAUGUUUGUAUAACUUUAUAGCUUGAUUUUAAAUAAAUAUUUAACUUAUAACCUCCUUGGUUCAUAAUGAUGAUAUAAUUAAAGAAAAAUCCAUCACUCCCUAGCAAUUUAUAUUUUGCUAUAUUACUCCCGCUAAACCUGCAAAUAGCACCCUUUAUGAGCGAGUGUAAUAAAAAAACAUUUUUUUUACCCUUGUCAUCAUGUAAUUCUAUGAAAAAAAUAGGUUAUAAUUUUAAAACUGCUUCUUGUCUAGUAUAGUCAGCUGUCAGCUGCAGAGAAAAAGUACCCGUCCUGCAUAAAAGUUUGUAUGCAAAGGUGCUAAGCUAUAAUAGUAUUGCUGACUGUACGUGGGUACAUUUGCUUCGAUAUUCGAUAACGGUUAGGUACUUAAUAUUCGGCCAUCUUCACGAAAUAGACGUUAUCCUAUUAGAUCACAAAUAAUAACACUAUGACACAAGUGACAUAACUUACGUUAUAAUAAUAGUAGAACUUUAUAUGCGUUUGCAACUUCAUCCCAUAGUAGAACAAAUUAUCACUAAACUUCCUCAUUGUAGGAGAUUUCUUAUUAUCCCUCAUUGUAAAGUGAUAAAUCCCACAGUAAGCUAAUUAGGGUUGUAUUAUACGAGCGGUCGUGAUGAUCGAAAAGCUUUCACUUUCAGAGUGCGCACACGCCUCGCCUCCGCGGAUCUACUUACAUAAUGCGUUUGACAUACCUACGUCCGGUUACUUUCGCAUUCUCGCAUUUUACCUAAUGAAAUAAUUCGAUAACCAGCAUUAAUUUACUUACCAUAAGGUUUAUUUUUAAGAUAAUUUCAGACAUAGAUACGUCGCAAAGUAAGUAGUCACUGCGAAACAAGGCCACAAACUGUCUUUGUUUGUACGCAAUGUACAGAGUUAGUGUGAGUAAUAAAGUAGACAAUUGAUUGCGGCCCAUUCAGGAAUUUUAUUUUGUAUAGACUUAAUUAAAUUUCUGGUUAUAGGUUGUUAGGUGAGGUCUCUGUGAUAGUUUUGAGCAAGAUAAAACCUAUAAAGAAGCCGUUCUCUGGUUAAUAUUGAAAUUAAGCAAAGUUUACGUACAAAUUCAAUUGGAUAGGUUACAAUGAUUAACAUACCUAUAGAUAGAUAUUAAUAUAUAAGUAUACAUAGUUUAUUUAUAAUUUUAUAUUGAUGUAAUUUAACAUUUGACAGCGAUUGUACACUUUGUGCCCAAAUAAAUACAAUCCACAAAUGAUUGAGAAUCGACAGUCACUUCAUAUUACCAAAGUUUAUGUGUUAAGUAGGUAUAGGAACUAGGGAUGCAUGCUCAAGACAAGUGUUAGAAUCCCUAUAAAAACCUUGUAGUAUGUUGUCUGUACUCUACCAGCAUGUUGUGACGGUGCUGAUAUAUUACAAUGUAACGCAAAGAUAAUGUCGACUCCAUGUUUCCAUUAACGGGAGCUUAGAAAACAACACAUUAUUUAUAUUUGUAAUGUAUGGGGUAGUUUUAAGUCAUUAUGAAAAUAGGUGGAGGGUAUCUCAUGUAUCGAUCUUGUCGAAUUAAAUGGUUUUUAGUACGGUCGUGUUUCGCUGUUACUCCUGAAAUCCUGAAUCUACAGGGGUGCCCGCAUCCUAGAUACGGACUUUUCAGUGGCGACGAUAAAGGAACUUACUCGCGAGUGUAAAAUAUUGUGGCGUGUAAUAAUAAAUUAGUGCUAAUAAUGACAACGGCGGUCGGCAAAAUCGGGCCGUUCGAUUUGGAUAAGGACAGUUGGGAUUAUUAUAUAGAUCGCUUGGAGCAAUCUUUCAUUGCAAAUGCAGUGGAAGAUAAUGUGAAAGUGGCGACCUUGAUUACAGUGAUUGGCGGCGACGCGUAUGCCUUGAUGGCAAAUUUGUGUAUGCCAGUAAAACCGUCUACAAAGACUUUUAAAGAGUUGGUGACAAUUAUGAAGGAACAUUUGCAACCUAAACCUAGUUUAUUGGCAGAACGAUUUAAAUUUAGGCGACGGAUACAAAGUAGUGAUGAAAGUGUUGGAGAAUACGCGGCCGCACUAAAAAAAUUGACAAAAGAUUGUAAAUUCGUGGGCGAUAGUUUACAAGAAAACUUACGAGAUCAGUUCGUAUGUGGGUUAGCGCGAGACAGUAUACGACAGCGGUUAUUUGCAGAAGAUGACAUUAAAUUCGACAAAGCAUUUAAGCUCGCGGUGACGUUGGAGAUGGCGGAGGCAGACGCAGCGCUUGUAGAGCAUCGGGGGCAUCGGGGCAGCAGUCGAGGGAAUGGUUCCGGAGAAAACACAGCGUCAGUACAUCAAAUGAGAAAUUCGGGGCGAGGGCGGGCCAGUGGGCGCGCGCCGAACGAUAGUACUUCGCGUAACUCGACGAACGGGAGCACGGCUGGUCGUGGUGGCGGCGGCGGCGGUUGGAGUGGCAAACUAAACGGCGGAGGCUGGCGGAUAAAAAACUCGGUUAUAGGCACGGAGGGCGCAAAAGGGUGUUGCCGGGUUUGCGGAGGUCAGCACGCGGCAGAAAGCUGCAAGUUUAAAAUGUAUGUUUGUCGAGUCUGCAAUAAGGAAGGUCAUUUGAAACGCGUAUGUCCUAAUGUGAAAAGCAGCUCAGCAGGGGUACACCAUCUGGGAAGCAAGGACUUCCACAUGAGAUACCCUCGCGGAUAUAGAACGUAUUUGUCAUGA